AGGGUCAGCUAUGGAUAUUGAAAACAAUCAGCCCCUGACCACCCCUGUCAGUCACCAGUGUGUCCUUAAUACUCUGGGUGCUUUGUGCAUGCAUGAGUCAAUCAUUCAUGAAGUGAUCCCACGGCUUAUUGAACAUGUGCAGUGCUUGUGUAAUGAAAUGAAUUCUCACAAAGACUUUCAGUCCCAAGUUUGUGCAGUCUUUCAGUGUAUUUUGAAUAUUGUAGAAGGAUCAAUUCAGAAGGGAAUCACUUCAGCUGCAUACUUCAAACAAUCUCUUGUUCCUGACAUUAUGAAGAUUGUUCUCAAAUCAGCUUUGAGUGAUUCUAAGGAGAGAGCCAUUUCAAAGGAUGUUUUAGACACCAUUGCUGCCAUUUUAAGGACUGUGACUAGUAACUUGGACAUCGAAGCGGCACGUAAUCUUCUCGAAGAUUUUGUUGGAAUAUAUCUGGAUGGAAACUCCUCCUUUCUCCAAGAAACAGUUGAUAAAAAAUGUUUGCAAUUUGAGUCCACAUCACCAUGGGAACAAACUCAACUUGUAUCACUGCUAACAGCCACCUUAUGCUCUGCAAGACGGGAGGUUACCGUCCCACGACAUUCAGAACUCAUUCCCAGGCUUCAGCAAAUAGCAUGCCAUUGUGAUUAUAGCAGAAGUGCAGAGAGUGGGGCUCAGUGCCUUGCCGGGAUUAUUAACAAGUUGCCUGAAGGUGAUGAAUUAACCUCGGUAGUAAAUGGAUUGGUGAGCAAGAUAUGGCAAGUCAGUGAAAAAGAGGGUUCACUGAAACGAGCCACCAUAACUUGGCUCUGGUUGACAAAAGCCUUAGUCAUUCGGUCGCAUCCAUUGGCGCCUUUAUUUAUUGAUAAGAUUUUGAGCCUAUUGGUCGAUGAAAAUGUCGGACGUGCAGCAGGAGAUGGUUUUUACAUCAUCAUGGCGGACUAUGAAGAGGUUAUGAACAUUAAAAUGCACGUGAAUUACAGGAUGAUGUAUCGUCAACGGCUUUUUAUGGAGACGUCUCCCAAGUUGAUAGGAGGAUUUCACUCUGCAAAACCAGAAUUCAAGCAUCAUUACCUCUGUGCCUUGUCUCAUCUGUUACAGUGGAUACCAAAACAGGUUUUGCUCAGUGAGGUGCCGAACUUGAUGCCGCUAUUGGUUCAGUCCUUGUCUUGCGAUGAACAGAGUUUAAAGCUGUCCACUUUGCAGACUAUGUACUCACUAGUUUUGGAUGCGCCAGAGAUUAUCAGUCGUCAAGUGACUUCACUGGUUCCCAUGCUUCUGGGUUUGACAAAGUUUCAACUCUCAAUGAAAGUUAGAAUGGAAGCUCUCAAGUGUCUUGGAGUUUUGACAACUUUACCUCACCACGUGGUCUACCCGUACAAAACCAAAGUAUGUAAAGCGCUUGCUGAUUCAGUCGAUGAUAAGAAGAGAUUGGUCCGGAAGGAAGCCGUAAAAUGCAGAAAUGAAUGGUUUCUUCUUGGAAGUUCCGCAAGAUAACGCCGGCUGAUUCGUGGUCAAUACAAUGAACUAGUGGAAGAUUUUACCAGUUCUUCAUACCGUUAACUCAGGGCAGUGAUCAGGCCAAACUCGUCAGAGGAGGGACUGGAGAUGAACUCCCAAUUGAUUCCAUGCGUGAAUUCGCAAGAACGUUCUCCACAGUUGGAACGAUGUGAACUUCUUUGGUGAAAAUAAUUGUGCGAGCGAUAUGAGACGAAACACUUGAGUUAUCAACAGAUAUUUAUCAACUGGAAUGAAAAUUAAUAUAACUAUUUACAUGAGAGUAAACGGCCUGAUCCGUAAUUUGUCUAGGAUCAAGGAAGUGGUUGAAGACGCGCAGGAAAUGUUGCAAACUCUGUACUCUGUAGGAAUAUAGAUGUCCCCAAGCAUUGGUUAAUAAUUAUUGAAAAAGAGAGUGGUAGAAAUUAUCAAAUUAUUGUUAUGUAAACUUCAUUUUACAGCUAAAUAUGAUUCUGUUAUAUAUACUCGUACUCGAUGUAAAAGGCUAUUCACAUUACUGAA